ACACAAGUGGGCGGGGCAGGAAAGAACAGCAGAGCAGCGGUGUGUUCUGGGACACAAACACACGAAACUGUGGAAAAUACAGAGAAAUGUCGACCUUGAAUUUAGCCAAAUUAGGUUCUAACCUGCUGAAAAGCGCCACAUCUGGGGAGAAUGUGGAGCUUGGCUCUUUGUGGCAGGAUCAGACAGCAGUGAUCUUCUUCCUCCGCCGGUUUGGCUGCCAGAUCUGCCGCUGGACCGCUGCUGAGGUCAGUAAGCUGGAGAAGGACCUGAACGCUAGCGGAGUAGCCCUCAUAGGUGUCGGACCUGAGGAGACGGGGCUGAAAGAGUUUAAGGAAGGAGGUUUCUUCAAGGGAGACAUUUACAUAGAUGAGAAGAAACAGUGCUACAGGGACCUGGGAUUCAAAAGAUAUAAUGCCAUCAAUGUGUUCCCUGCUGCUCUGGGGAAAAAAGUACGAGAAAUUGCCUCAAAGGCAAGCGCUGAUGGAAUUCAGGGCAACUUCAGUGGCGACCUUUUGCAAAGCGGUGGAAUGCUGAUUGUAGCCAAAGGUGGUGAGAAGGUCCUUCUGCAUUUCAUCCAAGACUCUCCAGGAGACCAUGUGCCACUUGAGGACAUCACCAAAGCUCUGGGUAUCACUGCCAGUGUCCAAGCUGGAGUGAGACCACAGUGCAACGAUGAUGUCUGUACGAGAUAAAGACCUGCUGUUUUUAGACUUGGGAACCAGUCUCUGUACCAUAUCUUCAUUGGACUUUACGCCAAAUAAGAUAUUUUUCUGCCUUAAUUGUGACACUGUUUGUGUUAUUUGCUGAUUUACAUUAAUCUGUGGCAAUUUACAGUGUUUCCUGGCUUUUUAUUUGCUUUAAAUAAAUGCUUUAAAUUAGCAUAUAAUUUAUUAUGAUGCCAUUGAUAUUUUUCCACUUUCUACUCUUCUGGACCACUUAAUUACUAGAUUCACUGAAACUGACAACUUUUAAUUAGACAGUCACAUUUGCUUUGUACACUCAUCCUGCCUGCAAACAUGGUUUAUAGUUGCUAAACAGAGAACACUAUACUGUAGCUGAACGCUAUUUUUGUUUUCAUUUAUUUUUAAAGCUUGAAUAAUUUUUGUUCUAACAGGCAAAGUGACAGCCAGGUUUUCUGAUUUUCAUAUUAACUUUAUUUACUCAUAUUUUAUACCAAAGGAACUUGAUUUGCACUGAAAUGUACAAGAUUUAAUGUGAAUGUCAUCUUUCAAAGAAUAUUGAGGUGUUCGUGGGUCAGUCUUUUCAGAUCAGCCGUUCAGACUAAAUGAACCAUUGCUUACAAAGUUUGCACAUCAUGAAAAUUAUGUAUUCCCAAAAUAAACUUGGCAAAAGUAUAGUAUCCUUUAAAUAUGUAUUCUAAACCAUAUACAUAUCUUAAAAUAGCAAUAAGGAACUAACUUUUGUCUCAGCUAUAUAUUUUCGCUUUGAAUCAUCAGUGGCAAGAGCAGAAUAUUAUAAUUACACACAUUCAGUUUGAAAAUGAAGAAUGUGUAUUGUCUCCCAUAGAAAUCAAAGGAUGACACUGUUCAGAAUAGCCAUUACACCAAUGUGUGUAAGUUGAAAAAGCUUUUUUUACCACAGCAAUCUCUGCACAGUGUUGACAAAAUGAGGAGAUAUACAAAAAUAUUCACAUAGCAGCAUCUGUUAACUGGAACUGUUGACUACAAUGAACUAAAUCUUGAAUCACUGUCUUGUAAAUUCUUGGCAUUUCAAAAUGGCUUUUAAUGCACUUAGUAGGUGCGCAUGACAAAACAUGCAUGUAGUACUUUACUUGGCAAAACUGAUCAUUUAGCUCAUUACAUACAAAUCUUCAAUACUGAAGUAGCUCCAUCGUAGAAUAUACAGAAGACAAUGAAAAUGCACAAAAAUCUUACGUAACAGUACAAACACUUGGCAUAAGCAUCCAACAAGUAAACCUUUUACUUUUACCCAUAGAAGCAGCUACUUAGAUAUUAUAUUUAUAUAUAUAUGUAACAAUAAAUGGUGACUCAAGAUUCACAAGGUACAAAAUAUCUGCUUUUAAACCUGCUUUCCCAAGCUUUGUCCUUUACAAUUGCAGUGGUAUUGUGUAAUAUUUUUGUAAGAAUCUGAAAUGUGCACUCAUAGAAAGUUAGUAUGCUUGUAUUGUGUAAUCAUUUGUUAAUAAUUUCUUUUUACAUCAUGAAUGUUGAUGUACAUGGCAAUGAAUACAUCUGUGCUGGAUAAAACUGUGAUAUUAAGGCUGUAAUAUAUACACACUACAGGACACCAUCUGUUUCCCUGACCAAUUCAGCAAGCUUCUUUCUGAAUUUCCAAUAAAAGUGCAAAUACAUUCUUCUGUGAUAUCUCAUCCCACAUAUUUUACUGUAAGCAUUGUUUCCCAACCCCAACCAAUAAACCACCGCCAACAUAA